AUGCGGGUGCUCGAGAAUCUGGCCAUGACUGCUGAGAAGGCGCUGAAGAAAGCUGGCCUGCCGCCGAUGGAAGAGAUUCUAGAUCCCGAAAAGGAAGUUGCGCCCAUAAAGUGA